AUACACUGCCUGUUUCUACUCCAGAGCUUCAUUUAAUGCAGCUUUUAAACUAUUAUUCAUAUCUGCACUCUAUUUCUGGUAGUUUGGUGUAAUUUCCUGAUUAAUAGCAAGCACUUGCGCGUUCAUUGUACUGGAAAAGUUUAGUUAUGAACCGGCAGUAAGAAGCAUGAUGGAUUCUUCACCAACACGGCAGCGUGUCAGAGAAGGCUGUGAGACUAAGCAGGAGACCGACUCCCCACUGCCUCCCAUCUCUGAGCGCUUGGCUUAUCUCAGACCAUCUCGUGAGUUGCUGGAGUUUUACAGACAGAAAGUAGCUCAGUUUGAUGCAGAACAUGAUGACCUGCUGCAGCUGCUUGAGAAGUAUAAGAGCACUACAGAGGACCAGCACAAGCUGCAGUGGGAAGUGCGUCAGCGGGAAGAGGAGAUAGCAGAACUGCAGAAGGCUCUGAGUGACAUGCAGGUUUACCUCUUCCAGGAGCGAGAACAGGCUCUUCGGCUAUAUGCUGAGAACGACCGCCUUAAGAUCAAAGAGCUUGAAGACCGGAAGAAGAUUCAGCAACUUUUAGCACUGGUGGGCCCAGAUGCAGGCGAGAUCACCUAUUUUCACAGAGAGCCUCCACACAAGGUCACUAUUCCACAAAAGAAACUCCAACCCAGAACGCAGGAGUAUGGAAAUGUGGCAAAACCAAGGCCUGGAUCAUCUAAAGAGGGGGGUAAGAGACUGUCCAAAAGUGGAGGAGGUGAGACAAACUCUGAGCAGUACAAGAAAGAUAACCAGACACUUUUACUACAGGUGGAGGCACUGCAGGCACAGCUGGAAGAGCAGACACGCCUGGCUAAAGAGCAGGUGGAGUCCCUGCUGGAGGACAGAAGAAUUCACAUGGAGGAGGGGCAGGUCCAGCGGCAGAGAGACCAGGAGAGACUCGCUGCAUUAACUGAGAAACUCCAGCGCACGCAGAACUUACUCUAUGAGAGCACCAGAGACUUCCUGCAGCUGAAGUUUGAAAGUCGAUCUCAUGAGAAGAGCUGGAUGGUGGAGAAGGACAGGCUCCUGAGAGAGAUGGACUCGUGCCAGGAGAGGCUGAGGGAGACACGCAGCUUCCAAGAGCAGCCAGGAGCCUUCACAACCCCAUUGCUCCUCACCCAACCUACUCCAGAGAGCAGCCAGAUGCAUCGUGAUGAGAUCAGGGCACUACAAGAGGAUUUGAAGCAAGCCCAUAAGCUAGCAGACAUGUACAGAGAGCAGUGUGUAGGUCUGGAGACUGAUCUGGCACAGAUCCGAGAGGAAGGAGACGUAGGCCGAGAGAUCUUCAAGGAGCGCUCAGACAAAAUGGCCAAGCGUCUCCAGUUAAUGACUCAGCGUUAUGAAGCUCUGGAAAAGAGGCGAUCCAUGGAGGUGGAAGGCUUCAAGACUGACAUCAAACAUCUGCGACAGAAACUCAAAGAUGUGGAGAAGCAGCUCUUUAAGGUGACUCUUAACGUGGGCCCAGAUCAGGACUUGGCCAUCCUGCAUGAAGUUCGACAGUCAAACGCCCGCACCAAGAAAAUCCAGAACGAAUUAAAAAGCUUAAAAGCAAAGAUAUACGGACUGGAGAAUGAACUAAGAUUCAGCUGAAUUUUAAAAUGUGGAAGAUCUUGCCCUUUUUGAGCCUAUUCAGUGCAGCCUAAUAUCAAAUUUCACCAAGGAAGGUCCCACUAGGGGUGAGAAUCAGUUGUAUGGAUUGAUUAUGUUGGGCCGGUUCAUUAUUCAGUAUCGUUAUUGUGUAACAUUGACAUGUAGACAAAAGCCAUGCAGAACAGAGGACUUGUGAUUGUAUGUAGUUUG